AUGCGUUCCGCUGCUUUCACCCUCUUCGCCGCUGGCGCUGCUGCCCAGUUCACCCUCCCUCCUCUGGCCAACUUCGCCGCCGUGAACGACGACUCUUGCGGCACUGUCGCUCCCGUCAUCACCAGCUGCUACUCCAAGUUCGGUGGUUCCAAUGGCAUGCUAACUGCCGACCCCAAUGCCAUCAUCGGAUGCGCAUGCUGCACUGCCGGUUCUAACCUGGCCCCUGCCUACUCUGGCUGCUCCUCCGAGCUUAGGCCCAGCUCCAGCUCUGCUGCCGCUGUCUAUGGAAGUCUUUACUCCGUCUGCCAGCUCGGCGCAACCUGCGGUGGUUCUACUGCUACUGCUACAAGGUCCGGUUCCAGCUCCAGCUCCAGGUCAAGUGGCAGCGCCAGUGCCAGCGGCAGCUCGCGAACUAUCACCUCUGCUCCCUCCACCAGGACCAGUGCCAGCAGCAGCCCCAAUGCCUCCGGCAACUCCCAGGCUUGCUACGAUAUGCUGGACAUGUACUCCCAGUGUGUCUCUUCGACCAAGGGCUUCUCCGACCUGCCUUUCCAGUCCCAGGCUCCUUGCUACUGCUGCUCAUCUGCCCGCAACACUGUCACCUGGCACGACGAUCUCGACAACUACGCUGCCACUUGCGCUCAGUGGGCCUCCAGCGUUGAGACUUCCGUCUAUAGUGGUAUGUUUUGUGCCCAAAAAUGGUCCAAUUUUGAGCUUAUCGUCCCUUCUUCUAACACUCCCCCAGUUGCCAGCCGAUUCGCCAGCUUCUGCCACCAGUUCUCCGAUGCUUGCGACAGCGUUGCUACUUCCACAGGCAGCAGCAGCUCUAGCCGCAGCACUUCCGGUGCCAGCUCUGGCGGCUCUGUCACGGGUGCGGCCCAGACCACCACUACCCAGACUGGUGCUGCUGCCACCACCACAACCCAGGGCGGUGAUGCCACUCAGACCCGCGCCGGUGCUUUCGCUGGCAUCGUCGCUCUCUCCGCUCUCUUCCUCGUUCUGUAA